GCUGCCUUCCUCCUCGAAGAGCUCAUUGAGGGUGGUGAUGAUACAUUUCUCAAAUUCAUCCACAAUAUGGAUGCCAAUCCAUUGCUCGAUGAAUUGGACUAUGGCUACGACAUGGCAGAAUUUUUUGCUUUCACACAGCACGUCCAGUAUGUCAAGACCGGCCAACUCGCAUUCAUAUCUGACUAUCAGGGUACUACAGUACUACUCACGGAUCCUCAAAUCAUGACCGAUCCCAAUGGGAGUGAUAUUUUCGGCGAUGGAAAUAUCGAGGCGUCCGUCAGCAAUUUUGAAACCCAGCAUGCCUGCAAUGAGUAUUGUGAAUGGCCUGGUUUUGGGCUG